AUGGAGUCCAAGAAUUCGAAAUCUCCUGACUCAGGGAGUCCUGAGCAACUUCGUCAGCCGAAGGAGGAACCCUGCGAGUUGCCAGAAUAUUCUAUUCCAACAGAUUACGAAACUUUCAAACAACAACAGUGGGAACAGGAAAAGCAAAAAAGGACUAACAUGUGUUUGGAGCAGUGGUCUAAUUACCAAAGCUUUCCUACUCAGAGAUGGGAAGGAGAGAGAGUUGAGCCACAGCUGGUUCCACAACCAACCACCCAACCGACAUACUUUUUGGAUCCAAAUUUCGGAAAUCCUCUAACUGGCUUGAGAGGAUGUCUGACAUCCGUCUAUCAACCUCUCUUGGCAUCGAAUCCAGGGGCAAAUGAAUUCGACCCCAGAUACCCGUUUGGACAAUACCUUUAUUGUCCACCUCCAAGAAGUGAUGCUGAAACUUCAACGGUUUCGAUGACUGGUGAAUCCUCAAAUCAAUAUCUAUGCUUCUACGAAAACCCAACUGAUGAGGAGUUUGAAAAAUUGAAAGUCUUCAACUCACCGCUGUUCGGAGUCGACAACGAUCAAUUCCCGGAUCGCAACCAUAAGUGGAAACGUCGGAGGUUGUACAACCAAUUCAUGGAGAAACUCUACAAGAAGAACGCAGAAACAAUUGACGUAGUAUACAAAAAUUGUUUGAAAAAACACCCAACACUCGAUUUUUUCAAAAAUGAGAUCCAAGUCAAGAAAAUAAUUUUAAGUCAAAUAUUUGAGAUCGGCAUCAAAUUCUACGAAUCUCGACAGACGCGGAUACUCACCACUACUUCAGACGAAAAGGACCAGACGAAGAGUCCCCGGGUGAAUUGA